AACGUUAACCCUGUUGUUGAUGACGUAAACUGUUGUCGUUCUUAUGAUGCAUCUAUACACUCUGCGUAUCUGUUGCUCCAGUCUGAGUAGGAUUCGAUUCUCUGCUGCUUCUGUCAGCGCCAACCGGCGAUUGGGGGGGAGCAAGAUGGAGGCGCGCAGUGUUGCUCUAUAGAUAUCAGUAUUUCUUACCUUAUCGGGGCUAGCUGGAUGGUAAAACUUGCUUUAACGGUUACCAAGAUAUCGUAUACGGUGUCGCGCUGCUGAUGUCCGUUCCCAGAGCCGGGGAGUGCAUACGUUUCGCCAUUUCAACGAGGUUGCAUAGUUUAUGGCUGCACAUCAAAAUAUGGAUAACAAGCCCGUGGUGAACAUUGACUAUAAUCUUAUUUGAAAUAUGAAGUUACAUAUCCGUUAUCAUUCAGACAAUGUCUAAGGCUGUAAUUAUUCCAUGUGACUUCCACCGCCAUUGCUUAUUGAUCCAGGAAUUGUCUUCUUGAUGACGUGCACAUCAUAUACUUACACUACAAUUUUACAUAUUCUAAGUCAUGCAAGGAAUUCUUCUGAUCCUUAGUGGUCUAGGUUGGACCUUAGACCUGCUGCUUCUGGUUCUGGACUUGCAUUACUGGCUGGUUUCUUCUCUUCUGUCAUACCUGCUGUGGACCAUUAAUUUCAUCCUCAAGCUGCCAGGAACUAUAACCUUUGGGCUACUGCAAUUCUGGGAAUGUGUGCUGAUAUGCAUGGGCAUUAUGGGUGAAUCAUGCUGUAGCCUGGUACUGUACGUGGUGCAGCUAGCAGGUGAUGCAGUUAGAGGAGUACUUACUGGAUUGGACAGUUUGCAUUUGGUGUGGAACUUGAUGUGCCACUUGCUGAUCCGAAGUAAGGAAAUUAUGCAGCGUGGGCUUCUCCAUAUUGCAAUACCUGGACAGAAUCUUUUUCGCCAAGUUUGGGAAGCACUAAGUAUAACGUGUAGUUUAGCAGCCUACCUGGUGAACAGUUUGGUCAAUAUGUGUCUAAUAGGUAUGCAACAUAUUUUCUCAUCAGCAUUGGCUCUGUGGAUUUCUACAGUUAAUGUGAUUUUCACUGGUAAAGAAUUAAUCAUAGCAUUAUUCUCUGAACUUUCAAGCUCUGCAGUAGCUGUGGUUAUUCUUUUCUGGACCCCAUUCCAGCUGUUUGUGGAUGUUAUGGUAUCUUGCAGUACAGGGAUAGGAACAAUCCUCUUCAGAUAUCUUUAUGAAGUUCUUCUGCUGAUGUUGUUAGUUUGGGCUUCUCGAUUAAUUCACAGACCCUCGCCUUUAUUACUUUUAUUCCAAGAAAGAUUAAGCAGGCUCUAUCGCAUUUUGCUAGUUUUUGUUCGUGCAUUGCUAAAUUCUGAGGUUUGGAGGAGAGCAGCUGCUAGGUUUCUCCGGCUUGUCAGAAUGCACAGAGUAGCCUGGGAUAGAGACUGGAAUCUGAGGAGGACUGUGGCACGCAACACACCAUUAAGAGUUGCCAGGGCACAAAAUUCAGAAAGACCUACCCAGGUGCUCAACCCACUACCUGUGAGGAGACAGAACCCUUCUAUGCAGUCUUCCUCAGCUCUGAAUCCAGUGCCUAAUAGGGUUCAGAUUCCACAGCAAGUGCUAGGUGGUCCUCAGAGCAGUGCCUCAACCUCUACGAGGGGAGAAACUGGAACAGUAGAUCCGUGGAAACUAUUAAAACAGCAGGAAGAGAGCAAAAAGUGUGUGAUUUGCCAAGAUGAGAAUAAAACUGUUCUUUUGCUACCUUGCCGUCACCUUUGUCUGUGUGCACACUGCACCAAUAUUCUUCUACAGCAGCCAAUACUUCAACGCAACUGCCCUCUCUGUAGGAAAAUGGUCCUGCAGACCCUAAAUGUCUAUAUGUAAUAGUCAUACAACUUAAUGCAACAAGGUUUUUUUAUAAAGUAUGCAAAGUUAUAUGUGAACAUUUUCUUUUCCAAAUUUGUUUAAAUUGAUAAAUAAAAAAGUCUUGGAUUAUCCCAAAUAAUAUUAUCUAUAUGCAACUGCAUCAUCACAAUUUAAAAGAGACCAAGCUGUGAAAGGAACUAUAAUUGGUGGCUGCAAUAUUCAUGAUUGCAAAUAUGUAACAUUUCCAAACUGUGAUAUGUUAGGAGCAUAUUUAAUAACAAAUGAUAUUCUUGUUACUAAUCUAAAAUACUGCUCCAACAAAUCAGCUCCUAACUGUCAUUUUUUAAACAUGUGACAGGAGCUGCUUGGUUGGAUCACCAUUUAAGAUUACGAAUGAGUGCUAAAAGAAUAUCACUCCUUAUUAAAUAUGCCCUUAGUUUGUUAUUUCUCUGAAGGCAGUAAUAACUGCUUACUAAGCAUUCCACUAUUUCUGAAUAUUUUCUCCUGUUAUUUACUCAUGUUGUUGGUUGUUUCAAAUACAUUGUUAUGUACUUCUCACUAUAUAAAUCUGUGUUUCACUUUU